UUUCUUAACACCGAUUGCAAGGGGAACCGAAGAACGAAAGACCGAGUGCAAAACAACGUCUGCACGCGGAUUUCAUCGGCGGUGGAAAUUGGCAGGCGGCGAAGGAUGUCGAAGAUCGGCUCGGGCCUUAUUUUGCUGGUUCGGCCGAUCUCGUUGGGUCGGCUGUUGACACGUAACGCCGUCCCGGCGCGCGUUCACCACUCAACUGGCCGGCAUGAUAAAAGUCCGUUCUUAUUCCGGCUGAUCAGUUGCUGUUCUGAACGUGGCAGGCGAACGAGCGUGCUCCUAUCUUCCAACAAUACAGUAAAUACGCUGGCUUCUCGUCAGUUUCUGUUCAGCAGGUACUGUUGCAACAACAAAGUAGACGACGACGAGAAAAUGUCUGCGGCGACGAAGAGAGAACCAGCUGCUGAGCAGUUGACUGAAUAUAAGAAACACUCAAAGGGCGAGCGGCCGGUAUUGCUGACCGGAAAUGGCACACCGAUCGCUAACAAGAAAGCCAGCUUAACGGUUGGUUCACAUGGCCCAAUAUUGCUUCAAGAUUUCGUCUAUUUGGACGAAAUGUCGCAUUUCGCCAGAGAAAGAAUUCCGGAGCGCGUGGUGCACGCGAAAGGAGCUGGUGCGUUCGGUUAUUUCGAAGUUACCCACGACAUUACGAGAUAUUGUAAGGCAAAGGUAUUCUCCUCCAUCGGAAAACGAACUCCCAUAGCCGUGAGGUUCUCCACCGUGGGCGGUGAGUCUGGUUCCGCGGAUACUGCCAGGGAUCCUCGUGGUUUUGCGGUCAAGUUUUACACCGAGGAAGGUAUCUGGGAUUUGGUGGGCAACAAUACGCCCAUUUUCUUCGUCAAGGACCCUCUAUUCUUCCCCAGCUUUAUCCACACGCAAAAAAGAAAUCCUGUUACUCACUUGAAGGACGCCGACAUGUUCUGGGACUUCCUUUCUCUAAGAACCGAGUCAAUGCAUCAGGUCAUGAUCCUGUUCUCGGAUCGAGGUAUUCCCGAUGGUUAUCGUCACAUGAACGGCUACGGCUCUCACACGUUCAAGCUCGUCAACGCACACAACGAGAUUGUUUACUGCAAAUUCCACUACAAGACCGACCAAGGGAUUAAAAAUAUCUUCAGCGAUAAGGCGGCUGAGAUAAGCAGCAGCGAUCCUGAUUACUCGAUCAGGGAUCUUUACAAUGCAAUUGCCUCAAAUAAUUAUCCGACUUGGACUUUCUACAUUCAAGUGAUGACUGCGAGCCAAGCGAAGAACUUCAGAUGGAAUCCCUUCGAUAUAACCAAAGUAAUGAUCGUAUGGCCGCACGACGAAUAUCCGCUCAUCCCUGUCGGCAAGCUAGUGUUGGAUCGAAAUCCCGACAAUUACUUUAAUGACGUGGAGCAAAUAGCCUUCGAUCCAGCUCACAUGGUGCCUGGUAUUGAACCAAGUCCUGACAAAUUGCUACAGGGUCGACUAUUCGCUUAUGGUGAUACUCACAGGCAUCGUCUUGGUCCGAAUCAUCUCCAAUUACCUGUGAACUGUCCAUACAAA